GAGGGUCGGCGUCAACGCGAGGCGGACGAAGAGGAUCAUGUACUCGAGGGAACUCCUGCUCGCCGUCGGCAGCUUGGAUGCAUGCAAGCUGCUGCCCGCCGGCGCCGACGCCGACUUGCCCAAGCACCCUGAUGACGCCACAUUGUGGGUUCCUUCCCAAGCUCUGGCUGCCAGCUCGGUUGGAAGAACACCUGGAGGCCUAGGGGAUUCGGAAUUUUUGCCUCAGCCGAAGCGAGAGCAGGAGGCGUUUGAAGCAGGCGCGGGAAGCAAAUCCAAGCCAUGCGUCAGAUUCUUCAGCACCGCAGGUUGCCGCUUCGGUGACAACUGCCACUUCAUCCACGAUAUCCCGGCUCCAGCACAGGACGAGAAGGAGCCUGCCAAGCUCAAUCCAACGCCACCAUCCAUGAGCAUGCAACAACCAAGUCACACCGGUGACCACGCACUCAGAGCACCGACGCCGCCCAACGCAGCUCCGGCGAGCUCUGGCGCUUCUGCGACAGCCAAGAUCACCGUGGACGCGUCCCUCGCGGGCGCCGUCAUCGGGCGGGGCGGGGCGACCAUAAGGGAGAUAUCCCGGGCCAGCGGCGCCAGGCUGUGCAUCCGCGAACACGAGCGGGACGCCGGCCUGAAGAACGUGGAGCUGCAGGGCACACCCGAUCAGGUCAAGCACGCCAGCGCGAUGGUCUGGGAGCAUCUGCCGGUGCCGGGCGGAGGGCAGUAUAACGGCGUCAAGACCAGGCUGUGCGCGCACUUCGCCAGAGGGUCCUGCACCUAUGGCGACGGCUGCCGCUUCGCCCACAGCGAGAGCGAGCUCCGCAGGCCGGCUCCUGCUGCUCGUCGAGAUCCGUGUGGUUGGUAGCGAUCCAUCGACCGCUGGAUGAGAUCAGUGUAACUCUAAACUUGGGAUUAUGCCAUCGAGUUUCCAUUGCAUCAUUUUUUCUUUUUGACGGGAGAGUUUCCAUUGCAUCUUGGUAUGACUUACAUAAAGCAUAGUUCAUUUUCUCAAGUAUAUGUAAAAAAAAAUCAAGAGUUUUUGUGGCACAUCGUAGUGUGAGUUUAAAAUAUGUAACACGAAUACUACUUCCG